AUGGCUGCCAAACAGGCUGCUGAAAAGCUCAUCUCCGAGCACCUUGUUGCCGUGUUCAGCAAGAGCUACUGUCCUUACUGCAGUCAGGCAAAGAGCGUGAUUGACAAGCUCGGAUUGGACAAGAGCAAGGUUGGGAUUCUGGAGCUCGACCAGAUGGGUUCUGAUGGCGCUGAUAUCCAGGAUCCGCUCGGCUUCCCUCUUUCCGACAAUGCCACCAUUCAAGAGCUAACGACGCUUAUUGAUGCUCUCGCUCUCAAGAUCUACCCGAAAGGCUACUGGCAGCUCACGUGGACCCUCAACGCGAUCAACUUGGCCACAUUCUUCUCGGUCGCCGUUGCGCUGCGAAAAUACCGCUCGAGGAACAACACGGUUCCGUUCUGGCUGUUCAAGCUGGAACAUCGUCCUUAUCAUGUGCAUCAAGUCAAUCAAGUCAAGCGCUGGCUCAAGGUUUCCUUCCAUAGACGAUUUCUGACCAGAACAUCUCCGUCAACAUGCAUCGUCGAGGCUGAUGGACCGCAGCUCGGCACCUCAGGUGGCUCUCGCGCACAGGUCAGGAAGGAGGAUCAGCCGCGCAUGGGAUGGUUCAUCACGGCCUCCUGCGUCAAUUGCCACCUCAUCCUCACUAGCAUCUAUGUGAUCUUGCUUGGUCUGCAAGUCGUAGAGAGCUAUCUGAUCCGCGUUCCCAUCGCUCCAGCGGCACUGUUCGAACCAGCCAUGCUAGAGAACAUCAUGCUGCUCUCGAUAUUUUCGACCGCAUACUUUUCUGCGCUCGGCUACAUCGCUCUCUUGCUACCCUUUGCACCACCUUGGUUCUGGAACGGAACCGUGGUGUUGCUCUACGUUCAAGCUCUUGCUCUUGGCCUUUCAGCCGGAACCAAAGUCGCACUGGCUUCGGUCAAGCUUGACGAGUAUCGCACCUUCGUAUACGAGGCAGUUCAGGUUCUUUCUCACUACGAUACAGCCCUGGACAUCCGGCAGGCAACAUCUCCGAGUAUCCUGAUUGGCAUCGCCAAAGACGCCUACAGCGAGUCGCUCAACCUCAAGAAGUGGCAGGUCAUCUACUCGGAGCUUGUUGCUCUUGCCGGAUACAUCAUCACGGUCAGUUACGCAGGUAUUCUGGCUUGUCUAAUCAGGAUCGUCGCCAAGGAGCUUGUUCAGCUUCGCGGUCGACAUACUCCACACUCUGAAGUCAACGCAAAGGGGGCUUCGAAGCCGGACGGCUUCUCGAUCUCGCCCUUGGCCGCCACACUUUCGAUCAUUCCUGCUCCGGCAUCACAGGUCCUCGAAGCCGCCUUUCGGCCAUCUUUGUCGGUCGUAGAUCGCAGCAGCCUGCCACCGCUCACGACGGCCAGAUCACCAUCAACGACAUCGCCACAAGGCGCCCUUUGCUUGCCAUCGACCGAAGAUUCACGGAACUUGACGCGCUGCUCGACACCAGAAGUAGUUGCCUUCGAGAAUAUUGGUCUGCGUGCUUCAAGGUCGUCGGCUCUUGCUGCGAAGCGGGUCUUACCCCCCGACAUGGCGAGCGUCACAGUCGAUGCAAUCUCGAGGAACAUUGAAGCAAGACGGCGCUUCCCCACACACGGGAGCGAUUCUGCGGAACAAGACGUUUCCUCGAGGGAGAGGUGCCGUUGGUUUCCAGAUUCAAGUGACUCGUGCACUACCCGAGGCACUUCUCUCAAUGAGUCGGAGAGUACCUCGAGGCUCGAACUGGGACCCAAGAUCCGCAAGGAUUGGCGACCCGCUCCUUGGCAAACAGCUGCCUUUCACGAGGACAUUGCGACACACGAAGGAUACUUGGCCGUUUGUCGCUUCCUGUUCAAUUGCAUAAUCGAUCAUACGGCCAUCAUGCUGCAAUCUUUCUCAUUUGCUUGCCAUUCUGUUGUUCUCGCGAGGACGUUCGACCGAGAUUAUCCACACAAUGCGCAGGCGGCCAACACGACUUUAGAGGUAGCUACAAUGGCUUCAGCGACCCUGUUCACCGUGCUGUACGUGGUCAAUUGUCUCAACCUCUUUGCUCCCUUCCUCCUGUUUCCGGCCUCCCAAGUCAAGCUCGCAUCGAUGCUUGCCUCGUUGACUGUACCCGACUUCAGGCUCGACGGAGAUCGAGACCUGGAGGAACCAGCAAUUGAGAGACUGCAAACAGGGAGAAAGAAAAGACAGAAGAGCGAUGCAAACUCCAGCGGUCGGACAUCUUCGGAAAGUGACUCGAACGCUUCGCGGCUGAAACAUCAAGACUCCACCAAAAGCUUCAUGUCACUGACGUACAACAGUAGGGCUUUCAUUGCGAACGGUGAUACGGAAGUUCAAGCAAAGCAAGCCCGAAAUUCCAGUCUACGAUCUACUCUGGGCUCUAUCCGCGACAAGCGUGUCGUGAUCAGGACCACGAGCGACGCCUCGCUCAGUGAUUUUGCCUUCGUGCCUCCAGCCUGUUCGCAAAACUUCCCUGCACCGCCGCCCAGAGCUUCAAGUUCUUCCUUGUCUCCAGCGCCUGGCAAGCAAAUGAUCGAAAGGCAGUUGUCAUCGAACGCGCGGAAGCACUCGGAAAAGAUCACCAUCGACGAUGAAGGUGCCGAUGGAUUUGCUUCUCGCGCCGCAGCUGCUGUCAAAUGGCUGCGCAGGUCCCCGGCUGCAGACCUCGAACCUGGAGCUUCAAUCCGUUCACCGAACGCACCGAACGGAUUGAAGCAUAAAGUUCAUGGUGAACGUGAUCUCUCGCAGAGUAGCUCCGGACAAAAAUUGCCCGUUGAAGCAGAGGAUGCAGGUCUGGGUAAAAAGGCAACCACCCGGCCUUUCGCAUGGGUCUUUGCGCCAUUCGCUUCUCAGCGUCAGCCAGAUACUCGUGGGAAUUGUGCAACAAGCACCGAUAUCCUUGGGACUCAUCAGAGACCGCAAAACGAGCCGCUCGGUCUGCAAAGCGGAAGUACCUACGACCUGACCUUUUACACCUCUACGCAGACGAACAUGGAAGGAUACAAACCAAAGGGUGCCCAGCUGGUGCUCGAUUCGCUCAUUACUUCUCAUGCCUUGCCAAUCGGAGGCUUCUACUGCCACAGUAACUCCAUUGCCGACUCCGCAUCAGCUUUGCGACUUCAGAAUCGUGAAGCUUACAUCGAGUCUAGAUCGGAUGUUUCGGCAAGCGCGAAGCAUUCGCACGCUCAAGGCGACGACGGCGACGAGGAGAGAUACCACGAGCGUGUCGACGUGUCAGUGCACGCUCAGCAGCGAAUCGAUAAGCAACGUCACAAGGCGAAGAAGUCUUCACAUAUCGCUCCAGAUGUCGUUUCCGUGGUCGAAGAACUUGGUGCUCUGGAUGAGGGCACGAAGCGGAGGAGGCAAAGACUGCGUCAGCAAGUUCGCGAGCAGAGCGGGGCAGGUGGUUCAUCUGGUAACAUGGUCAAUGCGGCUGCAGCCUUGACGAGCUCUCGGAAGGAUCCCGUCGACAAAGUUGGAGAUGAGGUCGACGUGAAGAGAGACAAUCGGACCUCGUUGCAGAAUUCGAUUGGCCACACGAAUCGCUUUGCCACCACUUCCCCCUUUCUGAGCGUGGAAGAAGGCUGUACAGGCGGCGAGCACGAUUCUCCACCUAGCACGUUUGGAAGAUCGACCCAACACACAGUCCCAGAAUUCGUUGCCCGAUCGGCAACACCGACCAGCUGGUCCUCCUCAGACCCCCACCGCCUCAGCAUCGACGACCACCACAGGACGACAAUCUCAAUCCCUCUGCACUACAUGUCUCACUCGGCUUCAGCCAUCGUUUUCACGAGCGACGACGAUUCCGAUGCUGGGGAUGAAGAAGAGGAGGAAGAAUACGUGGAGGAUGAAGAGACGGCGAGCAAUCGUGCUGUGGGAGACGAUGAUGAUGGGAUUUCGGUUGUUUCUGAUACUUUUGGUCGUUGA